AAAAGUUUUAGUUAGUCCUAAAAAAGUAUCGCACGACUUAUUCUUUUCGAAGAACAGAAAACCUCAUUGACAUGUCAGCACUGAGAGCAUUCGACUCAUGUGGAGAUCCAUUUACGAAUGGUCCCGUAAUCAACAACGCUUGUGGUCAACUAGUAUCGCAAUGUACGGUAUUUUUAAUGCUAUUAAACAGCAUAAUAGACAAUAAUGAAAAAAUCAGUCGGGAUUCCAAGCGCGUCACUCCUAUCGAACAACCAAAAUCUUCUUACGAUUUUAUCGUGAUUGGUGCCGGAAAUGCUGGUGCGGUGGUUGCUGGAAGAUUAAGUGAAGUUCCUGAUUACAAGGUCCUUUUAAUAGAAGCCGGUCCAGACGAGCCCUACCCGGCCCAAGUACCCAGCAACUAUUUCAUCUAUAAAGAAACCAUGUACGACUGGAACUACAAAACACACAACGAGACUUCUGCUUGUGGAGUGAGCGAUGGAGUAUGCACGUGGCCUCGAGGGAAAAAUCUCGGAGGUACGACUUCUCAUCACGGAAUGGCUUACCAUCGAGGAAAUCGUAAAGACUACGAAAAGUGGGUGAACAUGGGAUGCAAAGGAUGGUCCUGGGAAGAGGUGCUGCCCUAUUUCUUACGAUCAGAAGAUAAUCGGGAAAUUGACCGAGUGGGAUCGAAACAGCACGCUACUGGGGGACCAUUGCCUGUAGAGCGAUUUCCGUGGCAGCCACGAUUUGCUUGGGAUAUAUUGAAGGCUGGCGAUGAACUGGGAUAUGGUAUUACUGAAGACAUGGUUGGUGAUAAAAUAACGGGAUUCACAGUUGCACAGACCAUAAGUGACAAAGGAGUCAGGAUGAGCAGUGCAGGAUCCUACCUGUGGCAUAACAGAAAGAGAAUCAACUUGGAUGUACUCACGGAAGCUUACGCCUCGAAAAUCAUUUUUAACAACGGGACAGCCGUUGCCGUUGAAUAUGUAAAGGGCGGUAUUGUGAAUGUAGUAAACGCGAGCCGUGAAGUGAUAGUAUCAGGUGGGGCUGUCAACUCACCGCAGCUGCUGCUGCUGUCAGGAAUUGGGCCAAAAAAACAUCUUGAAUCGUUAGAUAUUAAAGUAGUCAAAGACCUUCCAGGUGUUGGAAAGAAUCUCCAUAAUCACGUGUCGUAUGGAUUGGACUUUACUGUUGACGAAGAUGAAGAAGAUCAACAGAACAACACUGCAGAUCCAUUGCAUACUUACUUGGAUAAUCAAACGGGCCCGAUGUCUUCUACAGGAUUGGCGCAGGUCACAGCGAUACUUGCAUCUAACUACACGAGCCCCGACGAUCCUGAUGUCCAGAUGUUUUUCUACGGGUACACGGCAACUUGCUUGAAUCGUGACACGCCAAAAAAGAGGCAGAUACGGAUCAUAGCAGUCAACUUGCAUGCCAAGAGCAGAGGUGAACUGACACUAGCGAGCAGCAACCCGCUGAUUUAUCCUCUGAUCACAAGCAACGAUCUGCAAAAUGAGGACGACGCAAAGGUUAUUCUGUGGGGUCUCCAUGUCGCUCUGUCCAUGCCCAACACCCCAACCAUGAAAAAAUUAAACCUAACACUUGUCAACACUCCGAUCUCACAUUGCUCGCAGUUUAGAUACAUGAGCGACGAGUACUGGAAGUGCGCCAUGAAGUGGAACACCCGUACCGAGAACCAUCAGGCAGGUUCCUGCAGAAUGGGCACCGACGAGCUAGCCGUGAUCGACCCGCAGUUCAAGGUUUAUGGCAUAAAAGGAGUCAGAGUCGUUGACGCCUCGAGCAUACCUGUGAUGGUUUCUGGAAAUCCAUCGGCUACUAUAACCAUGUUGGGCGAGCGAGCUGCUGAUUUCAUCAAGGCCGAUCAUCCUCCAGACAAUAAGUUAUUAUAAAAUUUUACAUCCUUACUGAUAUUCAAAAAUCUUUUGAAUAAUUUAUUCGUUCAAUAUUUUUUGUAACUCUGUAAUUUAUUUUAAGUAUUUGUGCUAUGUUAACUUUAUGAUAACUCCUAAGUUUUCUAAGGAAAUUAAAAUAAAUCAAUGUCUCCUGUGGGUAUACAAGUAAGUGGUGUACGGUUAAUUUAGGUGUAGGUACACAAGAGUAAUAUCCAUUGAAUGUAGCGAAUAUUAAUUCAUAGUUUACGAUUUAUUUAAAAAUGUAAAUCUGGAAACGAGUAUAUGACUUGAUGGUUAUUAAUGAUUUAUUUUCAUAUCAACUAUGAAUCAAAUAUUUUUUUGUAUCACGACUUUGUUUUCCUGUAAUGCUAAAGCAGUUUUUUUAAGAAUUAACAUAAAUAAUAAUGAAUUCAUGAAUAAUUUGUUUAGUGUUUCUCGAUAAUAUUCACAAAAUAUUUGAAGUAUAUAAUUUAAAAAAUAUUAUAGCAUUAAAAUUAACUAUCAUGUUAAAAUUACUCAUAUUAACGGAGGAAACAGUAGGAAAUAGUUAUAGCCAUAAAAUACGCAAGGAGAAGCACAAAUGACUCUAUUUACAGGUAGUAAAUUUUUUUUUAAUGGUAAAUACAACAUCGAACAUCUAGCAGGAAGCAAUCCGUAGCAAGCGGUAAAACAUCAACCAACAGCGGAGUCAGUAUAACAGCUAUUUUGAAUUUCAUGAGGAAAAGAGGGACAGGGAGAGCGAAACAGAGUACAAUUUAAAGUCACGAAGACGACAGAGGCCUAAGGGGUCUAAGUAGAGUCUGAAUAAAUGCAUAAAAGGCAAGAGGAGGGGCUCGCGUUAUUUUGGUCUCAGCACAUACUUCCUAUUGCUCUUGAAAAAUUGUGGGAGCUCACCGAUAGCUUUGUAAAUGUUUUUAUGUUGUCUAAUAAAAUCUUUUUUGCAGCACUGUAA